CUCCCCUUGUACCCCCCAAACCUUCAUGCCACCGCGUGAUUACCCUUUAACUCAAUGUCCACACGACUGAUGACGUGGUGUGCUGGAGGACACGAAGGAUGGGACUUCGCAAAGAGAGAGGGCCAUUUGCUUGGAUGGUUACCUCCAAAUGGAAAUCAGGAUCCUCCUUGCUCUGACAACUGGCAGCUCCCCAGUGGAUCUAGCAGCAUCAGAUGUGUUUCAUCCCCAUCAACGGAGAACAAAUCCUGUCGCUCCUCUCCCUCAACAAGAACUCCCAACACCGCUUCUGGGCCCCCAGAUCCAGUGGGCUCCGCCGUCGGGCGAGAUCCGGACAAUGGCCUUCCAGGUUCUGGCCUUCCAUGUCAUCCUGUACCUGUUGAUCUGGCCCCGUCCCCGGUGGAGUACGGAAUCGUUGCCUUGCCUGUUCGUUACUCCUCUUCCGCGGGCAAAUCCUUCAUCCUGAGAGUGGUACACACUCCCGGUUCUAUUCCAGCGAACCCUACCCAAGCAGGGUGAAUAGGAACAAUGACACAAAACAAGAGAUUCCAAAGAGAUUAUUGAGCUUUUCCAAAAAGUAUUGCCUGUCAUUUGUACUAGUGGCUGCCUAAGAACUCUCUGCCACACCUUGGCUGACCACCAGGCCGGGACAUAAGAGUGCCGCGGAACAUGACUUCGUGGGGCGAACCCCCCGAGGGAUAAAGGAAAGAUUUGCUGGAAACAUGGUCGAUUUCAACACCAGAUAUAAUAAAGGAAAAGCCCGCUUGAAAACACUCAAAUGACACAACCGACACUUUCAAGACGUAGGCUGAUGAUUAGUAACAGAAGGAGAUCGCAGUAAGAGUCAAAAGGAAAAACGUCAUGGCCUAUCCGGAAACAUUCCCUCCCUUUCCAUCCAUCACCCGCAAAAAGUACAGAAGAUAGUGAGUAAGAAAGGUCAGAGAAAAGAAAAAGGGGUGGGAGAAAGAAAAGGUGAAAGUGAAAAGAAAAAAAAAAAAAAAAAAAAA